UCCAAAAAAAGCGUUCUAAUCGAUAGGCAACAACCUCUUCCUGUUUUACAGUGAAGAUACCGGGACAAUUUGAAGGAUCAUAUAAUUAGGCCUGGGUCUUCCGCAAUUUGGCUGCAAAAAAACACCUCCAAUCUACCCAAUGGCCACUGAAUCCGCUCGUAUCUCGCAUGCCGAAGCACUCGAUUUACUCCUCGAUGCAGAGAGUAAUGUGCAUUCGUUCACCGAAUCCAGCUCGAGCGAACAGAACGUGAGGGCGGCGAGCUUCGAGCCCGUCGCAGAUUUUGGAACUCAAGCUGUUCGGUUCGCGAACUUUGGCUCUCCCGAACCUGUGGAGACACGAUCCUGCAGCACUACUACCCCUCCGCCUCGUCGUAUCAUUCAAUGCGACGUCUUUAUUGCUGGAAGUGGGCCUAUAGGGUGCACCUACGCUCGCGAAAUCUUGGAAAAAUGUGACAGCAGUGUUCUCCGACCUCGGAACGCUGUAUAUAUGGCUGAGAUCGGUGCCCAAGAGAGUCCCGUCGUUGGCGCACAUUUAAAGAAUGCAGUAAAGUAUCAAAAAGACAUAGACGCUUUCGUGCAUGUCAUCCAAGGCGCACUCCAACCAGUCUCCAUCCCAGUUAGCGAUACUCAUCAAAGCACUCUUGGCGGAAACUCUUGGACCCCUCCUAUCAACUCGAAACAAAAUCAACUUGUCAUCUGCGGUCAAAAUCCUCAACAAUCCCGCGAAGACAACCUUGGAGCCACUGCCGUUACUAGAGCUGUAGGAGGUAUGGCUACUCACUGGACUUGUGCCUGUCCCACUCCCCACUCUGAAGAAACCACUUCGAGCCCCAUCCCCCGAAACGAGCUCGAUUCUCUCCUCGCCCGUGCUCGAGACUUCGUCAAAGUUGAUUCUACCGUCUUCGACAAAUCAAUCCGUCACACAACUGUCAAAGAUAUCUUAACUACCUCUUUCCCCAACCGAAAUAUUCGAUCCAUUCCUCUGGCUGUCCAGCCCCACUCAAAAGCUGAAUCCGGGUUUGUCACUUGGUCUGGAUCCGAUACGGUUUUGGGUGAUAUCAUCAACGAUCCGCGUUUCACGAUUGCAUCAGAACAUCGGGUUACUCAGUUGAUCGUUCAUCCGAGUUUCCCUGGGACAGUUGCUGGUGUUUUAAUGAGAGAUUUAAAGACGGACAGAGAUGUUCUCGUACAUGCAAGGGCAUAUGUCAUUGCGUGCGGAGCAGUGUGCACUCCUCAAAUUCUAUACAACAGUGAUAUUCGCCCCCCUGCUUUAGGGCGCUACCUUACUGAACAAUCUAUGGCAUUCUGUCAGAUUGUCCUCAGCAAAAAGACUAUCCAAAACAUCCAAAACACACAAAACCCUGCCUGGCAAGCACUUAUUGCCCAACACCGCAAGAAACACCCUCUUGACCCCCUCCCUAUCCCAUUCCGCGACCUCGACCCACAGGUGAUGAUCCCCUACUCCUCUGCCUUUCCCUGGCAUGCCCAGAUCCACCGAGACGCGUUCUCGUACGGGGAUGUGGGACCCAGGAGCGAUCCACGGGUCGUGGUGGAUUUGCGGUUCUUUGGCAAAGGGGAUAUCUUGGAAAACAACAGAGUUGAGUUUAGUAACAAGGCAAAGCCGGAGGAGAGGCCGGAGCAUACGGACGUUUAUGGGAUGCCGCAGGCUACAUUCCAUGUAGUGCGCACUGAUGAAGAUCGCGACCGUGAUCAGAAGAUGAUGAACGACAUGACCACCGUCGCUAACAGUCUUGGUGGCUACCUUCCCGGCUCCGAGCCGCAGUUCAUGGAACCUGGUCUCGCAAUGCACAUCACUGGGACCACACGUAUCGGAAGCGACAGCAAAACCUCCGUAGCCAAUCCUUGCUCGAAAGUAUGGGGAUUCUCGAAUCUCUGGGUCGGAGGAAACAAUGUCAUUCCAGAUUCAACUGCGUCUAAUCCUACGUUGACAAGUAUGGCGUACGCACUAAAAGGAGCCUCGGAUGUGAUCCAGUGCCUUCAAUAUGAGUACCAGUAGGAAUGGGCAAGACGCAGCGUGUCGCGUAGCUCUAAACCGCGCGGGAGCAUUGUCAAAAUAUUUUUGCUUCUUUCUUGUCCCUGUUGAUGUAGUAGCACGAUGUAUGCAGAGACUUCUUCCACAUUUUCGAUCUGCUAUCGUUUUGUAUAAGAUUAGGCCAUCAGGCGCUUAAUUUCAAU